ACGGGUGCAGACGGUGCGCACAGAUGCGGGAACACGUUGUUUCUCCUAGCAGCCCUACGGGCGCACCACUUCCUCUCACGUUUGGAUUCCUUCACUUUUAGAGUUUCUCCGGUUACUGCUGCGGGUACCACCAGAGUGCUGGGCUGGACUAAGAUACACCUCACCUCAGCAUCUUUCCAAACUACCAGAUAAAUAAGAAGAUACUUUUUUCUCUUGCUCUUGUAACUCCUACUUGCAUUCUCUACUUGCAACAAAGUUCAUUCCUCUUUUUGCUGCACCAACUGAGCUGCGACACUGAAGUUACCUGCGCUGUAGGAGAUCGUCCCCAGUGUAAAGAGUCACGGAUGGAACUUUGAAUUCUUAUUUCUUACUACUACAAAAACAUUGGAUAUUGGCAUACUCGAAUGUCCAAGGCGCUGUGCGCUCAAAGGGAACUUUGGGGCAAAUACCAUUGCGAUGCUGUGGAUGUGACUUCAAACAACAGCUUCACAACGGUAGAGUCCUGUAAAGCACAAUGAAAGACGACUUUGCUGAUGAGGAGGAGGUGCAGUCCUUUGGUUAUAAGAGGUUUGGAAUUCAGGAGGGUACGGAGUGCACCAAGUGUAAAAAUGACUGGGCACUGAGGGCGGCCAUUGCACUGCUCUAUGUGCUCUGUGCCCUGCUCACCAUAGCAGUGGCUGUCCUCGGAUACAAAGUGGUCGAGAGAAUGGACAGUGUCACAGAGGGCAUGCAGAAAUAUGGAGGCCAGAUCAAUGAUGUGGAGACAGACUUGAAGAAACUAGAUGAUCAGGCAGGAGAGAAGUCAGUUAAUGCCACAAGUGACAUCAAGACUUUCAAGUCCGAUCUGGAGGCAUUACAGAAACAACUGAAUGAUAUUGCCCUCAGGGCAACCAGAAACAGGGAUGUGCUGGAUGAGCUUCAGAUCACAGGAGAUGACAUGCAAAAUGGCCACGUCUCCCUGCAGAGUUUUAUGAAAGGCAACGAGGCCUCGCUGCAUGGGGUCAACCAGACCUUGGCCUCCUACGGUGGCAUGAUUGACAACCUCCAGACAGACACUGCACGGCUCCAGUCAGAGAUACAGGGCCAGGUGAAAGUGCAGAGCCAGACUCAGGUUAGUAUCAGUGCACUAAACAUCACCCAGUCCCAGCAGCGCAAUCAGCUCAGCACGCUGCAGAAGACGGUCGAAGACGCAGGCCAGGCGGUGCAGAAACUGAAGAAUGACUAUCAGGGUCUGCAGCAGACAGCCAGGCAGACCCGGGCUGACACAGAGUGGCUGAAGGAAAAGGUCCAGAACCUCCAGGUUUUGGCAGCCAAUAACUCAGCCUUGGCCCGUUCCAAUGGAGAAGCUCUGGAUGACUUGGGGGCUCAGCUCAGCACACUAGCCAGCCAGAUCCAGAACACCUCCGCUCUCAAUGAGGACCAUGGCCAGAGCCUGCAUGAGCUGAUGGACCACCAGAGAGACCACGAUAACACCACCUCAUCUAAGUUUGAUGAGAUGGAAUCACGGUUAGACAGACAUGAGAACGACAUGGACCGUGUGACCGGAAACGUGAGCUUCGCCACGCAGCUCCUCGGUGCCAUCAGCUCCGACCUGAAUGGCCUGAGGUCCUGCGCUGAGACAGUGUUGCGACAUUCAGACCUGUUACUGGGGCUGAACAGUAGUGUGACAGAGGCCAGUGCAGAUAGCAAAGAACUGCGUGCACAGCAAGAUGAGCUGGCAGCCAGGUUGGACAGAGAGGUCAGCAACCUCUCUAUGGUGAUGGAGGAGAUGAAGGUGGUGGACAGCAAGCACUCACAGCUCAUCACCAACUUCACCAUCCUGCAGGGUCCACCAGGUCCAAGGGGCCCCAGGGGUGAUAAGGGCCCCCAGGGGCCAAUGGGCCAGUCAGGUCAAAAGGGUGAUAAGGGAGACAAAGGGAUGCCGGGGUUGGUGGGACCUAAAGGAGAGAAAGGUGCUGCUGGACCACCAGGUGCGACAGGUCCAAAGGGUGCAGCCGGGGCUCGGGGUCUUCCAGGGGCUAAAGGAUCAAGAGGGUCUGGAGGUCGACCUGGAAACCCUGGUGAAAAAGGUGACCCUGGGGCCCCGGGGAUUCCUGGUAGAGAUGGACUGUCAGGGUUGCCAGGACCACAAGGGCCACAGGGGCCCAGAGGAGCAGCAGGACCUGCAGGGCUCGAGGGGCCUCGCGGACCUGUUGGACCAAUCGGCCCUCCCGGUCCAGCAGGGCUACCAGGGCUACCUGCGCCUGGCCCUCCGCUUUCAAAGCCUCCUCAGCCCACUCAGCCCACUCAGCCCGCUAAGGUCCCUGAAACCCCGAAACCACCUCAACCUCCAAAACCCCCUCAACCCCCCAAACCAUCUCAACCCCCCAAACCAGCAGAGGAACCAGAAGGCUCCGUGUCCCAGCAGGUCCAGCUUCCUGACGCCAAUACUUCAGCGCCUGGUUGCCCACCUCAGUUCACAAAGUUUGGAGACAGCUGCUAUUACUUCUCCUCUGGUCCCCAGAGGCUCAACUUUGACGAGUCCAAGCAGUUUUGUACUAACAUGACAUCUCUAAUGCUCAUUAUUAACGACAACGACGAACAGCAAUUUGUGAGAAACAAAAUUGCAGGAAAGGGCUAUUUCUGGCUAGGCCUUACUGACAGGGAGGAGGAAAAUGUCUGGAAAUGGGUGGAUGGAACGUUACCUGUUUUCAAGAAGUGGAAGCCUGGCCAGCCUGAUAACUGGACCCAUGGCCACGAAGACGGCGAGGACUGUGCUGGCCUUAUCCAUAAUGCCAACUGGAAUGAUUUCUACUGCACUGACCGCAUCGGUUUCAUCUGUGAACGUGCCUCUGACUUAAAAGUUCCAGUUUUAUAGCAUCCAUCGGAGACAGUGUGAGCUGUCUCUGGGAAAAAGGUGAAGAGGCUGAAGUUGAGGUUGAAGAUGCAAGGAAUGACAUGCAUGACAAGAAGAUGAUUAGAGGACUCUGAUAAUGCCAGCUCAGUCAAGCAUCACUGAGACUUGGACUGGUCUUUGUCUUAAAGGCACUUUACAACACAGUAUGGUGCAAAAGACAGAGCAUGCAUGGACCCAGCCCACUAUUGUAUUGAUUUAUUAGUACUGAAAUAAACAUGAUUUAUUUAGACUAUAAUAAGUCAUAAUUUGGGACAGACUCAGUUGUACAGGUGUAUCUGUAAAUAAUUUUUCACAAAAGAUACAUUGUUGGUUGGGAUUGAAUUUCAUAUUGUUUUAUUUCUUGGCUGCCUUCUCAAUCUUUACUCUUACAAAAAAAUCUACAUCAGAGGAUUAUGUUAUUAAUAAAGCGGAACUAUUUUUAUACUGUCAAAUACUUCACAUAUUCAGAACUGUUGUUAGAAAUAAGCUCCCGGGAAAAUGAUGAGCACACAUUCAUCAGCGAAUUACUGCGAACUCAGAUAAUAAAUAGAAAUAAAGUUAGUGUAAAUUUCACCUUUCUACAAACUGAAAUAUCAAUGUCUUUUGUUGUUGUUGAGAAUAGAUGCUCAGUGUGAGCAGUGCUGCUGUUUUAUGAAGGACAGUAUUUCUUUAGACUUUAGACUGCCAGUGUGAGUUUUGUAAAGUUUGAGGCGCACAUUAACAAUAUGUAAAAUAAAAUUGUUAUGUAGCCAUCGUACAGUGAUUCAUUCAUUAUGCCAAAUACAAUUUGUGAAAUGUUAUGUUUAUAAUUUGCAUAAUCAGUUGGUAUUGUUGUAUGAUUGUCCUUUUCCGAUUCAUAUAAUGCUUAAGGACUGAGUAGCAGUUUGUAAUCUGGGUCAAGGCUCAUUAUGCCUUAAUGAAAUUACUAAGUUUUUAUGGAUCACAAUAAAAUGGGAAAUAAACUG